UUUGCUCUCCCCUGUCGGUCUCCAAACAUGGAGUCGCAGUGCGAUUACUCGAUGAUCUUCCCGGCCUGUCCUUUACUACCGUCAGACCUCCCCGGCCGGUAUCGCACACUUCCCCGUCGUAACCAUCUGUAUUUGGGGGAGACCUUAAGAUUUUUACUGGUUUUGCGGCUCCGGACCACAGGGGAGAAGCCACAGGAGAGGGCGGAGUCGGAGGCCUGUACCCCGGUAGAUAAUGCACAAGAAAGUCCUGGUUCUGAGAGCUGUUCAUGGGCUCCGCUAGCUGCUUCCCUGUCUGCACUUGCCAGCGUUUGUCCUGGGGAGGAAGAGGCGGAAGAAGAGGAGGAGGACGAUGACAAGAAUAGCGAAAGCCAAGGUUGUUACAGAGUAUGCAAACCUAUCCUGAGCCAACAACAUCAACCAGGAGGGACAGCUCCAGGGACACCAGUUACAGACCCAGUAGUCUCAUGUGAUGAGGUCAUUUUUCCUCUCUCUGUCUCGUUAGAUCGUCUUCCCCCUGGAACAGUGAAAGCCAAGAUUAUAGUGACAGUCUGGAAAAGGGACGUAGAGCAAAGUCAAGUGAGAGCCCAUGGAUAUCGAUCUCUGUUGCAGAAUUCAGCCCCAGGACAAAUUUUCAGAGAAGAGCAAGCAACUUUCAAGGCUCAAGUGAGUACACUCCUCACCGUCCUCCCACCUCCCACCCUCAGGUGCCGUCAGAUCAACGUGUCCGGGAAACAUCUUACAGCUCUAAAAGUAUUGAACACAUCUUCUCAGGAUGACAUCUGCAUUCGAGAUGUGCGUAUUCUCCCAAACCUAAAUGCCAGUUACCUUCCUGUUAUGCCAGAUGGAUCAGUAUUGCUAGUGGACAAUGUAUGUCACCAAUCAGGGGAUAUCAGUAUGGCAUCGUUCCUGCGUUUGCACAGUGGAUCCUCACAACUUCCCAGUAUGCUUUGUUCCCUGGAGGAGCACAACUUUUUGUUUCAGCUUCAAGCUGGGGAGCGCCCUCCAGUGGAUGCCAAGGAGGGUCUGGAGGUUCCUUUGGUUGCUAUAAUUCACUGGUCAACCCCUAAACUGCCAUUCACAGCCGGUAUAUAUACUCAUUACAGGCUUCCAAGUAUCCGAUUAGAGCGUCCGCGUUUUGUAAUGACUGCUCAGUGUGACUCCCCUGUACAGACACACACUCCUUUCCGUGUUACUUAUACUCUGCUCAAUGAUCUUCAGGACUUUUUGGCUGUGCGACUUGUGUGGACUCCAGAAACUAGCACAACUGGGGGAGGAAAGAGCUUGUCGGAGGAAGAUCGGCGUGUAACACAGGCAGCUCAAGAUGCAGUGGUGUGUCACACUCCUAUUAACCGCCUUGGAUUCUGUCGCAAAGGAAGCUCUGUCACAAUAGGUGUCACUUUCAUGGCUCUGAAAUCUGGUCUGUUUGAGUUGAGUCAGCACAUGAAGUUGAAGCUCCAGUUUACUGCGAGUGUAUCCCAGGCACCUCCAGAUGCCCGCCCUGUAUCACGCCGUAGUAGUCCCAGUAGCCCAGCCCUCAGGGAUCUGGAAAGACAGCAGCAGGGAGGAGCACUAGGAAGAUCCCAGUCCUUCUCCCACCAACAGCCCCCACGAGGACAGCUUAUAAGGACUGGAAGUGUGAUGGAACGCCGUGCUAUCACACCCCCGGUGGGCUCUCCUCUUGGCCGUCCUCUGUACCUUCCACCGGAACGGGCUGCCCUCUCACUAGAUAAAAUUGCAAAGCGCCAGUGUAAAGUGCUGGUGGUGAAUCCAGUACAGUGAUCCUUGUGGGUCUGGGGUGAAAUACGUUAGCUAGAACCUGGGAUACCAGGCAUGGGAGAAAAGCAAAAUCAUGUUUUGCCUGGAAUUUAUCAGGCUUAGGAUGUGGGGCAUACUAAUAAGUAGGUACAGGGGCCAUACCAAUUCUGUGAUCAAAGGGAUGGAUGGAUGAGGGACCAGAAACCUUGGAUAGAGAAAUGAAAUUGAAUCCAAGACCUAUGUAUGUCAAGCUACUUUUAUGAAAGGAGGAGAAGCAUAGAGAUCCGAUUAUAAAGAAUGGACCAAACUAGCACAGGACCAUAUCUAUGCACAUCCCUCCUGAUUUUAGGAUUUAUUUUAUGUUUACGUACCUUUUUUAAAAAAAAAAACCCACACAUUUCAGACAUACUCUACUGAAAACGGAAGGCACCUCGCCAAAGACCAUAGUACAAACGUCAUCCUACAGCUGUUACGUUUAUGAUCUGAAAAUUUUGAGUGUGCAUGAAUGUGUUUUUAGGAAACAAAAUCAUGACCCACUGAACUUUUUAAUGGAUUCAUUGGGAAAUAUGGACAGUUAAAUGCACUGGAGACCAAAGUGAUUUAAUGACAGUGAUAUAUUUAUUGGCUAACACCUCAUUUUCUGCUGUAGGAGCACUAUAGGAUCUAUUUAUUGAUUUGAGAUUCCAGUUCUCUUCCACAAAUAUACUGUAGCAGAUCAGCCUAUUUAUCUUGAUGUUUUAUUGUUUUUUGCACCUGGUCAUCACUGGAAUGUUCAGAGCUGAGACUUGAAAUGCAACUGCAUAUGUUUUGCCAAUAUUAGGGGAGAUAAACCCCAAACUGCACUUAUCACCCGUUUUUUCCUGCCAAUACUUGAGUGAUAUCUGUGACCUCACAGAACACAGACACUGGACGAUUUUUAUGUUUUUAUAUGUUGUUUAUUUGUUUUAAUGCAGCUAACUUUGUUUUAUUAAAUGAUUAUGUAAUUUAUUUUGAAUGUGAGGCGGAAAAUACAUGGUGCAAUUUUAAAGAAA